GUGACGUUUAUUUUAUUUUACUUCACUGUGUCUCUGUUCUUCUGGUUCCUCCAUUUGUUUGUGGAUCUGAACGUGGUUUGGGGUUGAGGAAGAGAAUGAAGAGUUUGUGAUUUUACUUGCCCUGAAGUAGGGCGGUAUCAAGUUUGUGUUCACGUUUUUAUCUUGGUUUUGUCACUUUUGGAAAAAUAGUGUUUUUUGAGGGGUUUCAUUGAUCCUUUGCAUUUAUUCGAACUCGUGUGUGCAAUACCUCCAAGGUUUGCCAGAAAAAUGCGGCAAAGUUUUUUAGUCUAUUACUCUUCGUAAGGGUAUAAAGCUUUAGUGAGCAAAUAUUAUUUUUUCUUCCAGUUUGGUCGUCUCUCUGGCUACCUCUCCACACCCGAGCCUGGGAGAGGCAGCUAUUGUUCUACCUAAAUUGAACUUCUUAAGAAUUGGCUUCGAUUUUUGGAACAACACAAUGCUUGUCAGCUCGAUCAUGAAGGUUGACUCAUGUCAUCCUGUUCGUUGUUUUCACGAUAAUAAUCAUAACAGGUUUAUGAAGGAAAUGAAAACACAUGUGUGCUUCAAACAAUUACUGUGACUCAGACUUUGCCAUACACGGCAUGUUGGUUUCUAUAUCUCCUGCGCUUCAAGGGGAUGUGAGAAACAGUCUAAUGCAUUGCUUUGGAAACGGUGAUGAAGCCGGCUUUGACGAAACGAAGUUGUCCCUUAGUCACUUGUGAAGACGGCGGCAGCUCUUAGACGAGUUUUUUCUUAAAACUCAAGCAUAAUGGAACUCAGCGUAGGAUCUGUAUCAUUGUCAACUUUGAUGAACGAGACAUUGACUUCCCGAACGGCGCUUGUACAUAUAUCCCGAGCAACUUCAGUAUGUCGAGUUUCUGCUUCUGGACGGAGACAUUUUCCUUCUUCAGAACGGUCAUCUUUUGCUCACGGCGGAAGAGGUCAUCUGAGCUGGAGUAACUUUCCUGAAGACAUUGUAGGGCUUGGUUGUAGGCUUUGCAUUAAAGGCCAAAAGAAGUCGAGUACCUUGCAUAAUUCUAGAUGGAAUGCAAGUGCAUCGGGGGAAUUUACAGGAACAAGUUUUGAGGCUACAGCCAGCAGUGCAAGAGACGAUCUGAAGAAUGAAGACCCAGUUGUGUACUUCAUCAAAGAGGGCGAUACACUAACAGCAAUCGCUAAACGAUUCAAUACCACGAUAAGUAGAUUAGCUGGUGACAAUGGGAUUGACAAUGUUGACAUGUUACUUCCUGGAGAAAAGCUGGUUAUUCACUUUCCAUUCGAAAGAACACGACAGAUUCCGUUCCGCGCGAUGCCUGAAACUUCGGUUGCUACAAGUAAGAUGCUCGCAAAGGCACCUGCGAAGUUGGUGAAAGAACUGAACACCGCCACAACGUCCGGUUACGACACCGCACCAUCCUAUUCUCAUGUCGGAGGAUUCUCACCGAUUCCCUCGGGAAUCAUGGCACAAGUGAUAAUCCCCCUGCUAUUGAUAGCUCCAGUUGUGGGGUUCUGCGUUAGAUGUGCGGUUGAUUACAUUCAGGAGCGAAUACAGAAAGAGAUCGAAGCAAAACAUGCAGAAUUAGAGUCUUAUCGUUCACGCCGUCGACCGAAAGUGAAUCGCUGGCAGGGGAUUCUAGAUGAAGAUCGAAUGGAGGCACUAGGGCAUGAAGAAGCUGCUGCAGCAUCAGCUGCUUUGGAUGAUUACCGGUUCCUUGAUGAGCAGCAGAUUCCAACUGGAUAUGCAAGCAUACGGGCCAUGAAUGAGGAUUCCGUUGCAAAUGAAUCUGAGGAUGAGCAAAAACACAGGCACAUGAAGGAUUAUGAAGACAUUCGGAAAUCGUACGCUGAGCUGGAAACCACGUAUAAGAAGUUCUUGUUAGAUAGUGGGCUCUCUAGAUCUGGUUAUUGGCGUGGUUCGGUAACCCAGCUUCAGGAAGAACAUUAGUUAGAUGCUAUCUGGAGCGGCAUGUUCAAGUGGAGAUUAAGCCGUGUCUCUGUGUAUCUCCUAUGUAGCUGCUAAUAAGGUUAUCGUUUUGACAGUUGUAUAAUGAAUUCACUUUCUUGUAUCCUCAACAUCGUAGAGCGUCUACAGCGCAUUUCUGAUUUGGGCUUGGAAACGGAUGUAGAGAGCAUAAAAGAUUGCCGACGGUUCUUUCAGACCCGCCUUAGGCUCUGAAUUGGAAAUUUC